AUUCGAACUUAUGCAUGCAUAGUUUCUGAACUUGUAGGGGAUAUAAAUGUUGAGUGCUAGGUUAGGCUGUCUCAUGGAUACUGCUGUAUAACACUAUUUUGAAUAUCCGGUUUGUUCUUGAUUUGCCUUAUUCAUCUUCACGAAUUUAUUAAAUCUUAAAUGUGUUCAGAACAUUUUUAGUAGACAGUGUAUGAGUAUCGUGAAACAGUGAAACAACUGUUUUGCAGUACUUUAGAAACUUUACGAUGGCGUUAUCACGUAUCAGUAAUUCUUCCGAUAUAUUGAUAAAUCUUUCUCGUAUUCCACAUGCAGCGAAGACCUCUUUGGUCGAAAUGCAAUGCACACGUUACGGAGCAAUGCAUCAAAACCGUUUGAAAGCUCUGCACGUGACGAGCGUUCGACGGUAUCCUGACCCUCCUACUCUACCGCUUCCCACAAACGUUUCUGAAAUAUUUGCGAACGAAACUGGCCGCUUUACUCCUGAGAGAUCGCGGGAUAUCGCCGCGCCAGUGUUAAUCUAUGGCAAGAGUACUGCUGAUCACAAAUCGUUUUCAUUCGGGCAACCAUCAAAGACGGCCGAAUGUAUCAGCAUUCCAACUACCUGCGGCGACUCACAUGUGGACUCGUACGACUGCUUUGGCGCGGUCAGUUUAAGUGGCACGAUGCAGAGUAACGUACCGAAACCGUUCUGCUCUAGCGGCAAAUCGAUGCAUUUAAACAUGCCUGGUGGCCAGUGGGCCAGAGAUGGCAAAUACAUUGCCGAGGACAUGCAAAAGUCACAUUACCGAAGCGUUCGUUUACCGCAAUUGAAGUUGGAUGCGAGCGUGUGUCGCUCAGGUACCGCAAAUCAAGUCCUCCCAACGGUUACUAUUUUACGAAAACUGUAUCAACCGAACUGUAUCAACCAAAUCAGUAUGAGAUAUUCGACAAAUGUGAACAAAGAAAAUGACAGAACAAAGGAACAAAUUAAUUUAACCAAAAAAGAGAGAUUUCAGAUUAUGGUGCGGGAUUAUGGAAUAACCGUUGUAGUGGUUCACAUAAUAAUUUCUUUGAUAUCCUUAGGUUCAAUUUAUACAGCUGUAGCUAGUGGAGUAGAUUUUACGAGUAUUCUUAAAAUGAUACAAAAAACAGAUAGUGCCGAAUAUCAAUCGCUAAUGAAUAACACGUCGGCCUUCUUGUUGGCGUUCACCAUUAAUAAGAUUUUGGUACCUAUACGAAUUUCGAUCACAUUAGGAGCAUCACCGUUUAUCGUAAGAAAAUUACGAAAGAUCGGAAUUCUUAAACCGCCAAAAAUUAAAACGACGCAAUCGAAUUAAAUAAUUUAUCAUAAUUAUUAUUACUUAAUUCUUUAACACUAUUUACGUUAUGUGGAUGCAUUUUAGAAUUGUACGUCCGUAAAGUAAAUAAAUCUGUAACCUGUAUGUCUCAAUAUAAUUUGAUUAAAUA